AUGGCUGACCCGGGGGCUUUCAGCCUGCGGGCCGCAGCCGCGGGCUCGGCCGACUGCGUGCCGGCGCCCGCCGGCACGAAGUGCGUCCCGGAGGCGCUGGAGAGGCUCAUGCUCGACGUGGAGGAGGUCCUCGACAGACACCGGGUGCUCUGCGGGGACUCUCCGGCGCGCUCGUCGGCCUACAGUGUGUGCAGGGUGCAGCCAGUCUGCGGGAGCGCCCCGGGCCUGCUGCAGACGCCGCCCCCCAUGAUCACACCAGCACCGCCGCAGGCCGACGCGGCCGAGCACGUCGUGGUCGUGACCAAGCCGAGCUCGCCGCUGGAGGUCCUCUCUGCGUCGCCGCCCGCCGGCUCGCCUGUGCGCCCAGAGUCGAGGCCGAGCAGGGGCUCUUCCGUCGGGAGUGGCACCUGGGCCAGGUCCCCGACACACAGCAGGCGCGAACGCAGCAGGGUUAGCAGCAGGAAGACCGCCAGGGAGACCUCCACUAGCUCGGGGGCGACCGACGCGGUAGCCGAGGCGGCGUCGAGGCUGCGAAACAACGGGUUUACCCGCGGCGACACAGGCAGGAAUUGGAUGCACACCCUCGUGGAGGACAGCAGCACUAGCAUGUCUCAGAGAUGGAGCCUCGUCGCGCGGUGGGGCAGCAGGGUGUCAGACGCCGCGGCCAGGAUCUACGAGGGUGCGUCGAGGGCUACCGCGGGUUCAGCCCGCGCCCGCAAGCUCGUGAGGCACCCCGCCUACCAGCUCGCCCGGGCCAUGGUAAUCGUCCUGGACGCCGUGCUCGUGGUGUGUGAGAUGGAGAGCGCGGGGCAGCGGGCCUCUUCGGGGCCGUACUACAGCGCCGCCAGCGUCGACGACGUCGUGAUCUUCACGGUGCUCCUUGACAUCUCGUGCGGCUGCGUCGUGGUCGACCACCUGCUGAGAUUCGUGGCAGGCGAGGUUGGCGCGGCGUACUCUGCAGGAGCUGGCUGGCAGUCGUUCCACGCGGUGGUCGCGGUCACGCAGCUGCUCCAGACCAUCGCCCACCACUCGCACCGGCACCAGAGGUCCUCGCAGUUCCGGGUGGUGCUCGCCAUGCUCUCCACUCUGCGCCUCGCCCGAGUGCUGUCGGUGGUGCUGGUGACAAGCGUGAUCCGCCAGCAUCGCUUCUUCAGGGAGCUACGCAUCAUGGUCCACGCCCUCGCUGGGGCGGUGAAGGUGCUUCUUUGGUCCAGCCUGCUGAUCUUCACAUUCCUUCUCAUCUUCGGUGUAGUGCUGUCCGAGGGAACGCUGGCCUUCCUGGUUGAGCACGAGUGGCCCACCACGGACGACGUCCCUGGGGACCUGCAGGACAGGUUCGGCUCGCUCUUCGACGCCGUCCUCACACUCUUCCAGUCGAUGUCCGGCGGCGUCGAUUGGGAGGGGGUGUGGAAUGGCUUGGGAGCGGUUGGCGCGUUCUACAGGGGAGUGUAUUUGAUAUUUAUCGAACCAACCUCGGAUUUGUUUUUCCCUCAUCGCGAUGCUCAACGUUGUGACCGCUGUACGACGGCGGAUUUAUCGAAAGCACAAUGGCGCGCUCGAUGA